UUUUAUUUUCUAUAUAUAUGGUAUUCUAUAUUAUGGAUUGGAAAUUAAAAAAUUGUCACAUACCCUCGAAUUAUUAGCAUAAAAUGACAUUGCAACCAAAUCAAUCUUUUAACAUAGACGCAACACAGGAACGAGGAUUUAUUACUUUUUUUAACAUGUUGACUGAGAAACCUAAUACCACGAUAAGGAUUUUUGAUAGAGGAGAAUAUUACACAGUUCAUGGCAAUGAUGCCAUAUACACAUCUAAAGAAGUGUUUAAGACUACUGGAGUUUUAAAAUAUAAUGGGAAAAAUCAAAAGUUACCAUAUGUAGUGUUAAGCAAAUUGAAUUUUGAAAGUUUUGCCAGAGAUCUUUUAUUAGUUAAAAAAUAUCGAAUAGAGAUAUUCAAAGGCAAUGUUAACAAAAAUGAUUGGACUUUAUCUAUUAAAGCAUCUCCUGGUAAUUUAUGGCAAAUUGAAGAUAUAUUGUUUGGGAACUUUGAUUUGAAUACAACUUCUGGCAUAAUGUCAGUUAAAUUAAGAUCAGAUGUUCAGCAGCAAAAUUAUAUUGGUGUGGCAUACUAUGAAGAUUUUGAGAGCCUAAAGUUUAAUAUCACUGAAUUUUAUGACGAUGAACAAUUAUCCACUUUUGAAGCCCUGAUAGUGCACCUGGGACCAAAAGAAUGUUUGUUGCCAACUAAGAGCAAGGACAAUUCUUUGCUUGACCUAAGUGACAAAUUAACAGAAAUUCUGGAGAGAAACAAAGUUUUAAUCACUGAACGCAAAAAAAAUGAUUUCACGACACAAGAUGUAGUGCAAGAUAUGAACAAAUUGCUUAAAUUUAAAAAUAAUCAAAGUUCCAAUUUUUCAAGCUACCCUGAAUAUCAAAACAGCCAAUUGGCUUUAUCUUGUACAUCAGCGAUCAUCAAAUACCUAGACCUACUGUCGCAAGAUUGUCAUUACGGUGUUUACAGUUUGGAUACUUUAAACGUCGAAAAUUUUAUGAAGUUGGAUAUGGCAGCCAUCAAAGCUCUCAAUCUAUUUCCGGAACAUUCCGAUAUGAACUCCGAAACAAACAAACACCGGCCACAAAAUUUGUAUGCACUUUUAAAUAAAUGUCGAACGAGUCAAGGUCAAAGGUUAUUGCACAGAUGGAUCAAACAGCCACUAUUGGAUGUAAAUAAAAUAGAUGAAAGAUUAAAUGUAGUUGAAACGUUUGUAAAGAAUUAUGGUUUAAGGCAACUUUUUGCCGAUUCUCACCUUAGGAGGAUGCCCGAUUUUCAGAAGAUAGCGAGAAAAUUUAUGAGGAAAAAAGCUACCCUGCAGGACGUUUACAGGAUAUACAAAGCCGUAAAAUGGUUACCCAACAUAGUAACUUCCCUCGAUUCUGACAUUGAAAGUGACCAUAAAGACAAUCAUUCUAACAAUUGUAGUACCACAUCGAUCCUUACCAGCCAUUUUUCCGUUCGAAUCGGGGAAAUUUUUAACGAUUUCACCAAAUAUAUCGAAAUGUGCGAACUCAUGAUUGACUUAGAGAGGAUCGAGAAUAACCAGGAAUACCUUAUUAAGCCAGAGUUUGAUGAGGAUUUAAAAUGUUUAAGAGAAUCGCUAAAUCAAUUAGAAAACUCGAUGCAAGCUCAAUUCAAGUCAGUGGCCAAAGACCUUUCCUUGGAACAGGGCAAGGGUAUUAAACUCGAAUACAGUUCACCCAUUGGACAUUAUUAUAGAAUCACUAAAAAAGACGAAAAAUGUCUCAGAAACAACAAAAAAUACACAACGAUAGACACCAACAACAACGGCGUGCGUUUUAAAGAUAGCAAAUUAGACACUCUUAACCUAUCUUAUAUGCAAACCAAAGCAGAUUACGAAGAACAUCAAAAGAUUGUCGUGGAUGAAAUCAUGAAUAUUGCAUCGGGUUACACUGACCCCUUAAUGAAACUGACGGAAAUAACUGCCGAAUUGGAUGUACUAAUAAGUUUUGCUGAUGUUUCUCAAAAUACGGCUUCACAACCUUAUGUUAGACCUAUCGUUUUGCCUAAAGAAGAGCGGAUAAUUGACAUAAAACAAGCCCGAAAUCCAUGUAUGGAAAUUCAAGACGAUAUGUCAUUUAUACCCAACGAUAUUUAUUUCAAAAAAGGUGAAACAACCUUUUACAUCAUAACCGGCCCGAACAUGGGAGGAAAGUCUACUUAUAUAAGAACGGCUGGCACUUUAAUUCUAAUGGCUCAAAUAGGCUGUUUUAUACCCUGUAAUGGCUCUCACGGAGAUAUUCCUAAGCUAUCUAUUUUGGACGGUAUUUUAUGUAGAGUGGGCUCUUCUGAUUCGCAAACCAGGGGGGUCUCAACUUUUAUGGCGGAAAUGAUUGAGACUACCGCAAUAUUAAAACAAGCUACAGAGCACUCAUUGAUAAUUAUAGACGAAUUGGGUCGAGGAACUUCCACCUACGAUGGGUUUGGCUUAGCUUGGGCCAUAUCAGAACACAUCGCAUUGAAUAUUGGUUGCUUCACGUUUUUUGCCACCCAUUUUCACGAAUUGACUCAAUUGGCUCAGGAAAUAGCAACCCGUUUAGAAAAUAAAAUGAAGCUUUCGAACAUAUCGUCAAAUUCUCCUCAUGACAAUAUUUUGGACGUCACUAAUUGCAUGAAUAAAGAAAUCGAAGUUAAAAGUUAUUCAAAUAAUAAUUUCGAUAUAGUCAAAAAUUUACACGUUACGGCUUUGAUUGUUGGCUCCGAUAUUAAAAAUGGUAUGGAUAUCGAAAUUAAUGACAAAGGACUGGAUUGUUUGGGAAGGGAAGAUAAAAAUUUGGUUCUUUUAUAUAAGGUUAAACGCGGAGUUUGUGACAGAAGUUUUGGCAUACACAUCGCGAAGAUGGCCAAGUUCCCCGAAUCCGUUAUAAAGAUGGCUAAAGAAAAGGCGGACGAGUUAGGAGAUUGUUCAUAUGAUGAUUAUUAUACGGAUAUAAAUGAAAAUGAGAACAACUUUUAUAAGAAUAAAAAAGAAGGAUUAAUAAUAAUCAAGGAAUUUUUGAAAAAAGUUCAGAUGACAUUAAAUAAAUGUGAAGACUUUCCAUCUUACGAUUCCAAAGUUCAUAUUCGAGAUAAAAUAUUGGAUGAUCUUAAAACGCAAUUUUUAAAUCAGAAUAUAAAUAAUUCUUAUAUAAAGAUGCUGAUUAACAAACUCCAUUAAAAUCUCAUAACAUUAUAUCGAUAUCAUCAAAUAUUAUGUUAUUU